CGUUUGACACUGCUCUUUCCUAAGUCAGUUUUUCCGAGACCCUCUUGUCACAGGCUCGGUUUCACCUGACACCUGCAGAGGGCCAGUUUCAGUUGGAGGAAAGGCCACUUCCACUUUCCCGUAGGCCUCUGAUUAGAAGCAUGCAUGGCUGGAUGCUCCUGGUCUGGGUCCAGGGGCUGACAGAAACUGCCUUCCUUGCUGCAGGAGCCACAGCAGGCACAAUGGAGACAAAGGGGAACAUCUCUGCAGAAGAAGGUGGCUCUGUCGUCUUACAAUGUCACUUCUCCUCCGACACAGCUGAAGUGACCCAAGUCAACUGGGAGCAGCGGGACCAGCUUCUGGCCGUUUACAGUGUUGAUCUGGGGUGGUAUGUCCCCUCGGUCUUCAGUGAUCGAGUGGUCCCAGGCCCCAGCCUAGGCCUCACCUUCCAGUCACUGACCACGAAUGACACAGGAGAAUACUUCUGCACCUAUCAUACCUAUCCCGAUGGGAUUUACAAGGGGAGAAUAUUCCUGAAGGUCCAGGAAAGCUCAGCUCAUUUCCAGAUUGCCUUGCCUGGAGGGACCAUGGCAGCUGUGUUGGGACUCAUUUGCUUAAUGGCCACAGGGGUGACUGUACUGGCUAGAAAGAAGUCUAUUAGAAUGCAUUCUGUAGAGAGCGGCCUUGGGAGAACGGAAGCUGAGCCACAGGAAUGGAACCUCAGGAUUCUCUUAUCCCCUAGCGGCCCUGUCCAGACACAAGCUGCCCCUGCUGACCUCUGUGGAGAGCAGACAGAAGAUGACUAUACUGAUCCACAGGACUACUUUAAUGUCUUGAGCUACAGAAGCCUAGAGAGCUUCAUUGCUUUGUCAAAAACUGGCCAAUGACAGCUCCCUCUCCCUCCCCCUCCCUCUCCCUCCCUCCCCCCUCCCUCCCUCUCCCCCUCCUUCCCUCUUCCCUCCCCCCUGUGCAUAUUUAUGUCUGUGAGAAUGAAAGGCACCUUCUUUUCAGUCUUCAUUUCUUCUACCCUUCUCUCCUGCUUCUCUGUGACAGACACAAGGUAAAUAGUUUUAACUUGAUUAUAAAUGGGAUUUUUGUUGGGGAUUUAGCUCAGUGGUAGAGCGCUUGCCUAGGAAGCGCAAGGCCCUGGGUUCGAUCCCCAGCUCCGAAAAAAAGAACCAAAAAAAAAAAAAAUGGGAUUUUUAGCAUUGAUGUUUAUUUUAUACAUAUGAGUGUCUGUCCUUUAUGUAUGUGUGCAUGUGAGGAUGGUGUUUGCAGAGGUCAGAAGAGGGUUUCAGGUCUCUAGAACUAGAGUUGGAGAACAGUUGUGAGCCACCAUGUGGGUGCUGGUCUCCUGCAAGAAUAGCAAGUGUUCUUAAAAGCUCUUUCCAGCCUGGAAAUUUUUUCUUUUUCUUUCUGCCUUCCUUCCUUUUUACUUUUCCUUUCGAAAAGGCAAAAAUAAAG